GAUUGAAACCUGGUGAUGAUUUCAAUCUAGUUUAUUUUCAACACGGAGACCUACGCUCCGUCUUGCUUGGGACGAUGGGAUGUUUGAUCUUUAGGAAGCUAUUGGAAUUUAGCUAUAAAAGAUGGAUAGACCGUCAUGGAGACUAGAAGUCGCGAAUCAAGCUCCCAGUCAAUCGUCGAGUAUAGAGGCAUACCAAGAGUGUGACGAUGCUUCUCAAGAAUCUUUUCGCUGCGGCGGCUUUGGCUGCAACGGCGCUUGCUGCGCCCGGUGAGAAACGCCAGAACAGAAAGUUGAAAUGGUUCGGCAUCAACGAGUCCGGCGCCGAGUUUGGAGAGAAAAACUUCACGGGCGUCUAUGGAAAGGAGUUCAUUUGGUAUGACCUCAAGACCAUUGAUCAAUUCAUCGGCCAAGGCAUGAACAUGUUCCGCAUCAACUUCCUCAUGGAACGCCUGACCCCCAACAAACUGACCGGCCCCUUCGACCCCCUCUACCUGGGCAACCUAACCCAACAAAUCAACUAUAUCACCUCCAAAGGCGCCUACGCCAUGGUCCAACCGCACAACUACGGCCGCUUCUACGGCAACAUCAUCACCGACGUAGCCGGUUUCAAAACAUGGUGGCAAAACGUCGCCGCGCUCUACAAGGACAACGCCCUCGUCGUCUUCGACACAAACAACGAGUACCACGACAUGGAUCAGCAGCUCGUCUUCAACCUCAACCAAGCCGCCAUCGACGGCGUGCGCGCCGCGGGAGCCAAGAAGCAAUACAUCACUCCCGAGGGCAACUCGUGGACGGGAGCCUGGACGUGGGUGUCGUCGGGCAACGGCGCCUCGCUCGUCAAUCUCAAGGAUCCCGAGAAUAAACUCGUGUACCAGAUGCAUCAGUACCUGGAUAGCGAUGGCUCGGGGACGCACGAGGAGUGCGUGUCGGCUACGAUUUUCAGGGAGCGCCUGCAGGCCGCGACGAAGUGGCUCAAGGAUAACAAGAAGCAGGGCGUUAUUGGCGAGUUUGCGGGCGGGAAUAAUGCGCAGUGUAUUUCGGCGUUGAAGGAUGGGUUGAAGUAUUUGGGGGAGAAUGCGGAUGUGUGGUUUGGGGCCAUUUGGUGGGCUGCUGGGCCGUGGUGGGGUGAUUAUAUGUAUAACAUGGAGCCCACGAACGGCGUGGCGUGGAAGUCGAUUCUACCGCAGAUUAAGAGCUACUUCGUCUAGUCGAAGUAAGUAAUAAGCAGGACCCCUUGCAGACGACAAGGCAGAAGGUCAGCUGUUCAUAAGACGACAUUGGAAAAC